UUUCAUCGUUUCUUCACUAAUAUAUUUUCGCUAAUUUAUUAUUGCUUUAAUUUCUUCUAACUCAUAUAACAUUCAAAAGCAGCCAAAGAGGUUUGUGGUCAAGGACAUGGCCACCGCAAGUUUUGAAUCAGACUCUAAUAGUUCAUCUUCGAGUGAUAAUGAUCUCUCACUUACCAAACAAUCAAUACAUGAUCCGUUGAAAGAUUUUCUUAACACAGAAAGUUGUUCAGAUGUGUCGUUGAUUGUUUCUUCUAUGGUUUCUGCUGCAAAAUGCUCUCUCGAAGGUUUACCGUCAGGUAGAUGCUAUAUUCGUCGGGAUAGGGGAAAACGUCAUGACCAAAUAGUAAAUGACUACUUCAAAGGUGAAAACUCAAAGUACACCCCACAACUUUUUCGUCGUAGAUUUAGAAUGGAUAUUGAAUUAUUCACCCGAAUUUUACAAGAUGUUGAGAACUAUGAUAGCUAUUUUCGACAAAAGGUUGAUGCUGUUGGAAACAUUGGGUUGAGCCCACUGCAGAAGAUGGUAGCAGCCAUACGCAUGCUUGCAUAUGGUUGUCCAGCUAAUCUUCUUGACGAAUAUGUUCAAAUUGGAGAAACAACAGCAAUUGAAAGUCUAAAGCACUUUUGUGAUGCUAUUAUAGGAGUUUAUGAAGCACAUUACUUGAGAAACCCAAGCAUGGAUGAUAUUAGAAUGCUCCUGAAAGAAGGAGAGAGUCGAGGGUUUCCCGGUAUGCUUGGUAGUUUGGACUGCAUGCAUUGGCAAUGGAAAAAUUGCCCCAGUGCUUGGCAUGGUACUCAUACAAAUGGUUUUAAGAGAGUUCCAACUCUUAUUUUAGAAAUUGUAGCUUCGCAGAGUUUAUGGAUUUGGCACGCUUUCUUUGGAAUGACUGGUAGUAACAAUGAUAUUACAGUUUUAGAUAGAUCCCCAUUGUUUGAUGAUCUAAUUAAUGGUGUAGCUCCACCAUGUAAAUUUAUAGUUCAAGGUAAUGAGUACAAUAUGGGUUACUAUUUAGCUGAUGGGAUAUAUCCACAGUAUGCUACUCUCAUCCAAACAAUAUCUCAACCUUCAUCUGUCAAGGAAAAGCUAUUUGCAAAACUACAAGAAUCCACAAGAAAGGAUGUUGAACGAGCAUUCGGUGUGUUACAAAGUUGGUGGCAUAUUGUUAAGGGCCCUGCUCGUUUUUGGAGUGCAAAAGACUUGGGAAAGAUAAUGAAGACAUGCAUCAUAUUACAUAACAUGAUAAUUGAGAAUGAGCGUACUCAAGGCAUUGAUCCUGAAGACUGGCAGGCAGAAGGAGAACAAUCUACUGAAAGUGUUACUCUAGAGAAUGAUUUUAAUUUGAUUAUGUCAAUGAUGAUUAAUCGAACUAAACAAGUACAAAACAUAUGGCUGCAUAGGGAAUUAAAGAAUGAUCUCAUUAAUCAUUUGUGGGAAGUAUAUGGCGGACAAGUUUUUGAUAGCUAGUUUCUUUUUAAUGUAAUAGUUCUAUAGCUAUUUCUUUUUAAUUAUAAUAGUUUUUUAUAGCUAGUUGCUUUUCAAUUUUAAUUGUUAAUGUAUUUUUUUAUUUCAUGAACAAUCCUUGUUUAGAAUAAUGUAAUUGUCUUAAUAAGUCUC